UUUACAAAGCUUCCUCAUCUGGCAGGAACAGAACAAAAUUUCUUGCUUGCCAAGAAAAUUCAAACCCAGUGGAAGAAAUUUGGACUAGAUUCACCCAAGUUGGUUCAUUAUGAUGUCCUCUUGUCUUAUCCCAAUGAGACAAAUGCCAACUAUAUAUCGACUGUGGAUGAACAAGAAACUGAUAUUUUCGAAACAUCAUACCUCGAACCACCACCAGAUGGCUAUGAGAAUGUUACAAAUAUUGUGCCACCAUAUAAUGCUUUCUCAGCCCAAGGCAUGCCAGAGGGAGAUCUUGUAUAUGUGAACUAUGCUCGCACUGAAGACUUUUUCAAACUAGAAAGAGAGAUGGGCAUCAACUUUACUGGGAAGAUUGUCAUUGCAAGAUAUGGAAAAAUCUUCAGAGGAAAUAAAUUUAAAAAUGCCAUGUUAGCAGGGGCCAUAGGAAUCAUCUUGUACUCAGAUCCAGCUGACUACUUUGCUCCUGAGGUACAGCCAUAUCACAAAGGAUGGAAUCUUCCUGGAACUGCAGCCCAGAGAGGAAAUGUGUUAAAUUUGAAUGGUGCUGGUGACCCACUCACUCCAGGCUAUCCAGCAAAAGGUAAGGGAUGAGUCUAUCAGUCCACCAAUUUUGCAAAGAUACUCCUUGCCCUUUUAGAAGGAAUACAAGCAACCAUGUUCACAAUAAUAUUAAACUAAAAUUCAGUGCACUUAUAUCAUUUUGGAUUACUGCUGCUAGGAAUUUUAAAACAUUUGCUCUUGUAUUAUUUUA